AGAGACUUAACGCAGAUGAAUGAUACAGAGUUGGAAGAGCCACACACGGCCACUUCGCUUUAAUCACGUCCAAUUUAUCCGACACUUCCAGAGAAGUGUAAAUGGGCAGACUAUAGACGCUCAGUGGAUGAAGGCGUCUUGACAGUGCAGACGAGCGCACGUCGCUUAAGCCAUAGCGAUUUUUUAAUCGGAAUUCAACAAUUUUGCAACCAAUCUCACCUUUGAGAUAUUAGUUUUUUCCCCAAGCCUUUUUUAUUCAUAGCCGAUAUGGACACCAUAUUGGACAACUUCGGGUCGGACAAACUUUUUCCCAAUUCCAACCUGUUGGACCUAGAGGAUCUGAAUGAGAGCGAUUUCUUAUCCAAUGUGCACUUCUCCGAGCAGAUGGAGGACUUCUCCAAUGACCUUUUCAACAGUUUCUUUGAUGAUCAUCUGUUGGCGGAGAGGAACCCAUUGUUAGAUAUGGAUCUGGACCCUCCAAACCCAGCUAUCCAGGCAGAACACAGCUACUCUCUCAGUGGUGACUCUGCCCCUCAGAGCCCCUCCAUGCCCAUCAAAUCAGAUGAUGAUGCAGAAUCAGAAGGCAUGUGGUCGUUCAGUCAGGAUCUUACAGCCAUUCUAGUGAAGCAGGAGCCCAGCCUGAUGUCAGAGAACUGCCCUGAUACAGCGUCCCCUCUGGCCAACACCAGCACCUGCUCACACCCCCUCACUCUUGCCCCUCCGCCACAGAGGAACCACACAGGGGAAAAGGGUUCCAAAGGCCUGAGCUCAAACUCCAUUCCUGCCAUCAAAGCAGAGCCCAGAGAGGUGAACCAGUUCCUCAAUGUGCCCUCAGAUGAACAUCUGCGGUUGCCGCCAACUCCUCCCAGCAGCCAUGGAAGCGACAGCGAUGGGUCCCAGAGCCCACAUUCACUGCCACCAUUAAGCCCUGGCCAGCUGCAGAGCCCACAUUCACUGCCUCCCUCCAGCCCGGCCCGGCUACAGGCCCGAACCUCCACAGCCAUCUCCUCGUCCCCUCUCCUCACUGCCCCGCAUAAGCUGCAAGGAACAUCAGGCCCUUUGAUGCUGACAGAGGAAGAGAAGAGGACUUUGAUCGCUGAGGGAUAUCCUGUCCCCAACAAACUACCGCUCACCAAAACCGAGGAGAAAGCCCUCAAACGGGUGCGCAGGAAAAUAAAAAACAAGAUCUCAGCACAGGAAAGCCGCAGGAAGAAGAAGGAAUACGUGGAGUGUUUGGAGAAAAAAGUGGAGAACUACACUUCAGAGAACAAUGAACUUUGGAAAAAAGUUGAGACGCUUGAGAAUGCCAACAGGUCUCUACUCCAACAGCUACAAAGACUGCAGGCUCUAGUGAGCGGGAAAGUGCCUCGAUCCUGCAAGAUCGCCUCCACGCAGACCGGAACCUGCCUCAUGGUGGUGGCGCUGUGUUUUGUGUUGGUGCUGGGCUCGUUGGCUCCCUGCCUGCCCGAGCUCUCCCUCUACUCUUCCUCCUUAUCCUCAUCAUCCUCACACACGGUGAAGUCCGCACCGCUGCCCUCAGGUGACCUCUACACCACCAGCCAGGUCCGCUCCCGCAGCCUGCUCUUCUAUGACGAGGGUGGCCCAGUGGAGGACGGCCACAGGGGCGUGCUGAGUGUGGAGAGGAUGGAGGGGGUGCCGCGACACGUACAGGACCUGAAGGACAGCCACGAGCAGGAUCAUUCUGCUCUCGUGAGCAGGUACUUGAGCCAGGCUCAACCAGAGCCUGCAAGCUACAGCAACACAUCCGCGGCCCCACUCCGUCCCACUGAACCACACUACCACUCGAGAAAGCGGGAUCCUGAGGGAGGAGCUGAAUAUUUCUAACCCCUCUGUGUGGAGCUGCCUCUGUCACCCAGGCCUCCACUGAAAUCUAAUGAUCCUGGACUACUCGGCCCUCGACCCUUACCGUUACAGAUCCUGAGUCUCCUGACCUGCCCUAAAAAAAACCAACAAGCCUCAUGACCACCAUCCAACCCGCCUGACAUGCAUUCAAAUGACAUUCAUCCCUAGAACUGUGAGAAGAGAAAUGUGUCCAUCCAUACACUGAAACUCCCCUUUACCAACAAGCACUGAGUUUAAGGACUAAGAGAGAGAAGAGAGGAUGUGGGCGGUUGUACAUGCUGCUCUGUUUUAGAUGGAUGUGAGCCUGCAGCUCUAAAUUCACUAAACACUUCACACACAGGGUGUGGGAGGGAAAGUUCAUGAGUGUUUGUUUUGAUUUUCCUAAAAUGCCAUGAGACUGUCCAUUUACUACAUAUCCUUACUUAAACCCCAAAGAACUUCUUUUUUUUUUUUAUGACUCUUUUUUUAAUCUCUGAAUGUUUUCCAGCAGGUGUAAUCACAGGUGCCUGACGUACUUUGCGGUUUUACAAAGCUUGCUUUGACAGGAUUUUCUUCCUCUGCCAUCUUGGCUUUUUUUCCUAAUAAGUUUAAGCUGGAUUGCACUUGUUUUGCACUAGGAAAACUAAUUGAUUUAAGUGCCUUCUCAUUCUUUUUCAUGUAGUCAUAUUUAAGAUGCUCCUAACCGUAUAUUUCCCUCUUAAACCUCUUUUUACUUACUUUUAUUGAUGCGUUCUAUUUUAUUUUUGUUUUCUACUUUUAAAAGGCAGAGGCUUUUGUACUGAAUUUAAAAUUUUAUCCAUAAUAUAUUCUAGUAUUGGCAGCAUCCAAAAAAGAGCAUAUUUAUUUUAUGCACAAAAAAAUUAUGAAAGUUAUUGUGUUUUUUAAAUGAAAGAUGAUGUAAAGUUUACAUGAUCUUGUUGUCAUAACUGUUAAACAGUUUUUUUCUGUUAUCUUUAUUUCUGUGUAAAGAAAGUUUUGUAUAUAUAGAGAAAAAUGAACAGGGCCGAUCAAAUCCUGUGUGUGUUUAACCAUGUUCAAUCUCUGAAGAAUUCUGCACAAUCCACAUGAAUCCAUUAAAAAACAUUGGCUAUAAUGUAUACAAGGUGAAAUCAAAUAUAUUUAAAACAGGUUUUUCUGAUAAUGGAAUACUUCUUUUUAAUGUUAGUCUAGACUUUCUGUAUUCUGUACCUGAGCAAACUGUUUGACCACUGUAAAAUUUACCACAAAUAUCUGGGAGUUGAUAGUGCAGUUGUGUAAAUAUGCUUUCCAAAAGUCAGUUUUUUAUGUUAUAGAUGUCAGUGCUUAGAAACAAUUUGUUAAUCAUAAGAUCUUUUCUUUUUGUUUUUCAGUACUUUUGUUAAAUCAUUUUCAUGUCCUCUGUUGCUUCAGCCACAAUAUUGUUUUUAUUGUACAGCUAGAGAUAACCACUGAUAGACAUGAUAUUUUAUUGCUUAAGUUGCCUCUGAUUAAAUUAUAGUAAUGAAAGUGGUUGUCACAAAAGAAUCUAUCAAAUUACUCUGUGGUAUAUGUGCCAUAACACAAAGAAAAACUGGGUUGGCUGUUGAUGACAUGGAAGAACAGUACUGUAAAUAACAUCUUAUUAACAGCGUAAAACUGAAUUCACCGUAGUUUCAAAGAGCUUUCAUUUCUUACAAGUUUAGUGACAGAGCGGUUUUCAUCAUGGCCUCUGUUUCAUUCAUUUCACCCAUCGAUAUGUAAUAAUAAUAUUGAACUGGAAAAACAUUAAGUGUUGAUUUGAAUGUUUCUAAGACAGUAAACUUUAUGACUUCAUUGCACAUACUGUCCACAGACCAUUAGUCUCGAACCUGGAACUCCAGAAUAUCUGAGCAUUCUGGAAUUGAAUCUAAUGUCCAGUAUGACGAUGGAGUUUGUGCUUUUAAAUGUAAUUGUUGCUUGGAUCAUCUGUAUCUCUGCCCUUUUUGCCCUUUGUACAUAUGACUGAUGAUAAAUGUUGGUUGUAAAUAUGGAGGACGUAUUUUUAUAUUUCCGAUGCAUUUUGGUAAUCACUAUGCGGUUUGGGUUUAUUAGUAUCUGUGUAUGUAUCUAUGCUCUGAACCUCUUGCUUUUCCUGUCUGAUCUAAAGUAGAGUUAGAAUGAAGCAAAAUACAAAAUUUUUGCAGAUGCAA